AUAAAAAGAGCUCUCGGAAGGUCAAAAACCAGUCUUCUCAUGGCCGCCAAUGCCUAACAUAUCCAAAAUUUCUUCUGUCUCUCUCGCUAACAAUUUCUUCCGUCUCUCUCUCUCUCUCUCUCUCUCUCUCUCUAAAUCUUGAAAUACACAUCUUCUUCACUUCACAUCUCCCUACAUUCUCUCUCUAUAAAACUCUCUCUCCCUCUCCCGAGGCAAUUGGUUUAUGUGUUCAAAAAGAGAUGAGUGAGAGAGUGACGAUAAGAGUGUUUCGAUUGGAGCUCUGUUGUUGUUGUUAAUAGUAUGUGGGUUUUAGAGCGUUUGAAGGAGAUCUAAGAGUAGGCAAAUCUUCGAUCAGAUCAGAUCAGAUCGAGCUCAAAAAUGGGAAGCAAAUGGAGGAAAGCGAAGCUCGCUCUAUCAUGCCUUUAUGUUCCCAGCACAGACGAUAACUCCCCUCCCUCCGCCGGGAGGUUCUCCGACUCCGCUUUGCUCUCUCCGCCAAUUUCUAUCACUCCGACUCCCUCUUCCUCCGGUCUCCGCUUGCCCAAACACGCCUCCAAAUCAUCCAAAAUGACUUGUGCAAUAUGCCUGACCAACAUGAAACCAGGCCAGGGCCAUGCCAUUUUCACUGCAGAAUGCUCCCACUCCUUCCACUUUCAUUGCAUUACUUCUAACGUAAAACAUGGAAACCAAAUUUGCCCCGUUUGCAGAGCAAAAUGGAAGGAAAUCCCCUUCCAGAAUCCUUCUGAUCUUUCCUGUGGAAGGGCAAGAAUGAAUAAUGUUUCUUGGGCCCGUGAUGAUGCUUGGAUGACUGUUUUAAGACGGCUUCCUUCCCUUCGUGCAGAUGCCAAUAGGCAUGUUACAUCUUUAUUUCAUGCCCCUGAACCAAAUGUUUUUGAUGAUGAUGAACUUGUUGAUCACCAACCUGUGACUACUGGAAAGGGUUCAUUCAAUGAUGAUGUUGCCAAUGACUGUUCUAUUCGAGCAAUAGAGGUCAAAACAUACCCAGAAGUUUCUGCUGUUUCAAGAUCAGCUUCUCAUAAUAAUUUCACCAUUCUAAUCCAUCUAAAAGCUCUUACAAGCAGAAGACAAAACUGCGGGGUUAAUGAUGCUGACUUGCCGCUAGCAUCUCAAAAUUCUCGUGCUCCAGUUGAUCUUGUCACAGUGCUUGAUGUCAGUGGCAGCAUGUCAGGUACCAAGCUUGCUCUGCUAAAACGAGCCAUGGGAUUUGUGAUACAGCAUCUUGGCCCUUCUGAUAGACUUUCGGUUAUUGCCUUCUCCUCCACUGCUCGCCGUCUGUUUCCUCUUCGUCGAAUGACUGUUACUGGAAGGCAGGAAGCGUUACAAGCCGUUAAUACCCUGAUUUCAAAUGGUGGGACAAACAUUGCUGAUGGCCUAAAGAAGGGUGCCAAGGUGUUGAUAGACCGCAAGUGGAAGAAUCCAGUGGGCAGUAUCAUACUGUUAUCUGAUGGACAGGAUACAUACACUGUCAGCAGUCCUGGUGGGGCCCGUUCCCGAAGCGAUUACCAGUCGCUUCUCCCAUUGUCCAUUCAUCGGAAUGGUGGUACAGGCCUCCACAUUCCAGUACAUGCUUUUGGGUUUGGUGCAGACCAUGAUGCUGCUUCGAUGCACUCAAUCUCUGAAAGUUCUGGGGGAACAUUUUCUUUCAUAGAAGCUGAGAGUGUCAUUCAGGAUGCUUUUGCACAGUGCAUUGGAGGGCUUCUGAGUGUGGUGGUGCAGGAACUUCAGGUCAGAGUUGAGUGUGUUCUCCCCAGGCUGCAGCUUGGUUCAAUAAGAGCAGGAAGUUACAAAACCAGUGUGAUGCCUGAUGCAAGACUGGGUUUUAUCGAUGUUGGUGACUUGUAUGCUGAAGAAGAGAGAGACUUUCUAGUAACAGUUGAUAUUCCAGUUGAUGGGUCCUGUAAUGAGAUGUCAUUACUGAAAGUUGGAUGUGUUUAUAAAGACCCCAUUACAAAAGAAUCAGUAACCUUUGAAGAAGCCGAUGUACUGAAGAUUCAGAGGCCUGAAAUAACUGGAGAUUUAGUGGUGUCAGUGGAGGUGGACAGGCAGCGAAACAGGCUCCGAGCAGCUGAGGCUAUGGCAGAAGCAAGAGCUGCUGCGGAACGGGGUGAUCUAGCUGGUGCAGUGUUUAUCCUGGAGUGUUGUCAUAAAGCGUUGUCGGAAACCAUGUCAAUGCAAGCUGGUGAUCGGUUAUGCGCUGCAUUGGGUGCAGAAUUAAGGGCAAUGCAAGAAAGGAUGGCGAAUCGCCAUGUUUAUGAGUCAUCUGGUAGGGCUUACGUUUUGUCUGGAUUGAGCUCACAUUCAUGGCAGAGAGCAACGGCACGAGGUGAUUCAACAGAUAGUACAAGCCUUGUGCAGGCUUACCAGACCCCAUCAAUGGUCAACAUGGUUAACCGAUCUCAGACUAUGAUCUUUGGUAGUCCUUCGCCGCAACCAUCAGUCAGACGACUCAGACAAGCUCGAUCGUUCCCUGCACGACCUCAGCCAAGGUAAUCCUUGGCUUAUUUUUUAAACUUCUCCUUGAAUUAUGUUCAUAGGAUCCAUCUCAGCACCUCCUUUCUGUUUCUUGUUGUUUUGUUUUCUUUUUCAUGGUUUUGGGUAAGUUGGGGAUAACUUGAACAGAGAUAGGGAUAAGAGGGAUUUGGGUAUAUUUCUUUGUUUAGUCUGCAGUGGACAUGAAUAAAUUGGGGACAGCUGGGAAAAUGGCUUUUGGGGAAAUACGGUGAGAAGGAAAAAGUGCAAAGUUCGAUUCCAUGGUUUUGUAUAUAAAGUAGAAUUAGUCCUUUUUCUUUCUUUCUUUCAUUUCUCUUGUUUUUUUGGGGUCUCUUUGAGAGGAAAUGGAGGAGGUAUAGCCUUGUAAUUGUGGGGAUACGGAGGAGAAAUUCUUCAAUUGAGAUAUGAUAUAUCCGCUCUUGAUUCUUUUGACAAAGUCUCUUUUGGUGCAA